AGGAUGUUCAUAAAAACAUUACAAUUAUUGUAAAAGGAAAACAUAAAGAAGGUCUUUGCAGCAUUUGGAUCCGACAUUGUUUUUUGUCGGACCCGCAUGCACAUUUUCUUCUCUCUCCCUCGUAUUGUUGUUCAGAAGAGGGAGAGAUAGAGACCAUAUGCUACCAACUGAAUUUGAAACUUUCAUUUUCUUUGCCAAAUUCCUAACACUUUUCAGGCAUUGAAGAGUAAACAAAAAAAGAACAGGCAUUGAACACAAACAAUUAUAUCUCUUCCCUUUUCAAGGUUCUUCAAAACAACAUACAAUGGGAGGUUGUGUGUCAGUACCUUCUCAUGCAAUUAAAGCACCAAAAAAGCUUCGCAGAAGGAUCGUAAGACGUCGUCGUCGAAAGAUCUCAAGUUCAGCUGCAAAUGAUAUCAAUAAGUUGAAUAACAAUGGAGGAAUGCAUGUAACAGAUUAUUCUGUUAGUGAAUAUGUUCAUAUGGACUUUGAAAAUGGUGCAAAAACAAAAUGUAGAAGAUCUGAAGUUUCUAAUUCAGCAUACCAUCUUACUCAACUUGAAUGGCAUCAUAGUCAAUAUGAUGUUGAUGCAAAUGUAAUGUGCCAAGAUGAGAGUUACUUUGAUUCAGUCAGUAUUCUGGAUUCUGAUUCAGAUGAUGAGUUCAAUAGUGUUCAUGGAGACUGUUUUCCAUUGGUCGGAAGCACAGUUGGAUGCAUUCCGUGUGGCCACGUGGUCCAAUAUGAAGAAAGAUCAACAUGUGUUGUGGAAAAUAAUCGUCAAUAUGAAGAGUAUCAUGAAAGUUAUCGUAAGGUUGAUGGAGGGAAUAACAUAGAUAAAUUAAAAGGAAGAGAUGAAAAUGGUUUUGGACUAAUCAAUACUCAUGGACUUCCUCGCUUAGGAAAAAAUCAAGGAAGCUUUAAAGGUUUAAAAGAAGGUAAAAAUAAUGUGGAAGAGAAUGCUCAAGAGAUUGCAAGAAAAUCAAAUUUGAAUCGGUUGGCACCGUCCGUUAGUUUCAAUAAUCGUCCGAGCAAAAAGCUGUCGACGAUUUUCAGGCUUUCUUUCAAAAGGAAAUCUUGUGAUGUAGAGGAAACACCUGAACUUGGUCAAUCAAAAAGAUAUCUGAUUCGGCCAAAAGCAGGACUUAUAAUUCCAUAUCAGAAUGGAGACAAGUUGUCUGCUGGAUGUUGGUCUGAAAUUCCACCUUCAACAUUUCAACUGCGCGGCGAAAACUAUUUCAAAGACAAGCGCAAGAGUCCUGCACCAAACAAUAGUCCAUACACUCCAAUCGGUGUCGAUCUUUUUGUUUGUCCAAAAAAGAUACAUCACAUUGCCAAACACAUUGAGCUUCCAAAUGUGAAAGCCAAUGGAAAAGUCCCCCAACUUCUUAUAGUAAAUAUUCAGUUGCCGACAUAUCCAGCUGCUAUGUUCCUUGGUGAUAGUGAUGGAGAAGGGAUGAGUCUUGUAUUGUAUUUCAAGGUUUCCGAGACUCUUGAUGAUAACAUUUCUUCCCAGUUUCAAGAAAGCAUCACGAAACUCGUUGAUGAUGAGAUGGAAAAGGUAAAAGGGUUUGCAAAAGACUCUAAUGUUGCAUUUAGAGAAAGACUAAAGAUUAUGGUAGGACUUGCUAAUCCUGAUGAUAUGCACUUGAGUUCUACUGAGAAGAAGCUAGCUCAAGCUUAUAAUGGAAAACCUGUACUCUCAAGACCACAACAUAACUUUUACAAGGGUCCUAACUACUUUGAGAUUGAUCUCGACAUUCAUCGAUUUAGCUACAUAUCGAGAAAAGGACUUGAUGCAUUUCGAGAUCGUCUGAAAGAUGGCAUUCUUGAUCUUGGACUAACCAUACAGGCACAAAAGCAAGAAGAGCUACCAGAGAAAGUACUAUGCUGCAUUAGAUUGAACAAGGUUGAUCUUGGUGAAAAUGAUCAAACACCAAUGCUAAUGACCCUUGAUGGUGAAUGAUAAGAAGGAUUUUCAUGAAGUGUGAGGAACAGCAUUCAACAAUACAAACUAAUAUAUGUAUUAUAAUAGCUUCAUUUCCUUUUAGCUGAAGAAAAAGUGGGAGUUUAAAGUUUUUAUGUUGGAUAUGCAAAUUUCCUGAGUCAUGUAUUUAUGUUCUAAUGUACAUUUAAAGGGGGGGAAAGUAAGAAGAUGAUUAACAUGUAUUUUGUACCCAAAAAAAACAUGUAUUAUUGACAAAUGAUUUCAAAGGUAGUGUUUUUCUCGGGUUUGAAUCUUGUUGAUAAAAGAAAUGAGGUUGAGAGAGGAGACUCAACUAAAGGUGGUCAUCAAAGUUUUAUGAUGGAGAAGGAUCUGUCGCACCAAUAACAUGAUCACCAAAAAAAAAGAUGAUAUUUAUUUUUAUUUUUUUUGAGGGGAAGAUGAAAUAUUUUUUAUUAUUUA